AUGCCGAGCUCAAAGUGGCGAGUUCCGAAAUCGCCUUACACUCCGCCUCCUACCAGCAGCAUACCCCCUCUGACCCCGAACGGCAGCCCCCGGGGGCAGUGCUGCGGCCUGGCGCGCCGCUCCACCCGUAUUGUCGGCGGCGUGGAGACGGAGGUGCGCGAGUACCCCUGGCAGGCGGGCCUGGUCAGCGCCGGCGACUCGUGGAUCUGGUGCGGCGGCACCGUCAUCAACGACCGCUACGUGCUGACGGCGGCGCACUGCACGGUCGGCCGCUCGGCGGACCGGCUGGAGGUGCUGCUCGGCGAGCACGCCAUGUUCCUGGCGGACGGUGAGCGGCGCGUGGCCGUGGCGGCCGUCACCGAGCACCCGCGCUACCGCUCCGUGGACACCACCGGCUACGACUUCUCGCUGCUGCGGCUGGCCCAGCAGCUCGACUUUGGCGCGCUGGGUGGCCGGGUGGCGCCCGCCUGCCUGCCGACCGGCGGCGAGUUUGUCGGCGUGGAGGCCAUAGUCAGCGGCUGGGGCACCACGUCCGCCGGAGGUCCGCAGCCGGACGCCCUGCAUGAGGUCACCGUCCGAACCCAGAGCAACGCCCAGUGCAGCGCCGCCUACAGGCAGAUCAACCCGAGCAUGCUGUGCGCGGCCGUCUCUGGCGGCGGUAAGGACGCCUGCCAGGGCGACAGCGGCGGCCCGCUGGUCACCGAGGUCGCCGGCCGCUACUCGCUCAUCGGCGUGGUGUCGUGGGGCAUCGGGUGUGCGCGUCCCGACUACCCGGGCGUGUACGCGCGCGUCACGGCCGCCGCCGACUGGAUCCGACACAACACGGCCGACGCUUCGCUCUGCUAACAGGUGCCUCACACCGCGGACGGUGUCGGGUUUGAGGGCGUGCCCCGGGCCUCUGCUUCCUUGUUACAAUGGUUGGAACUAAACACCUCAGGGGCACAUACGGGUUCAGCGGCACGCUCGGAUUUCCAGUGCACGGAAUGACCUCGGACGUAAAGCGAUUGUGAAUGUUUAUUGUUUACGGUUGGAUCUUAUGCGCAUGGGUCUCAACUUCAGGAACGAGGCCUGUAAUCGUCUUUC